GAGAGAGAGAGAGAGAGAGAGAGAGACAUUAAAAUCAAGAGAGAGAGAGAGAGAGAGAGAGAGAGAGAGAGAGAGAGAGAGAGAGAGAGAGAGAGAGAGAGAGAGAGAGAGAGAGAGAGAGAGAGAGAGAGAGGAGACAUUAAAAUCAAGAGAGAGAGAGAGAGAGAGAGAGAGAGAGAGAGAGAGAGAGAGAGAGAGAGAGAGAGAGAGAGAGAGAGAGAGAGAGGAGACAUUAAAAUCAAGAGAGAGAGAGAGAGAGAGAGAGAGAGAGAGAGAGAGAGAGAGAGAGAGAGAGAGAGAGAGAGAGAGAGAGAGAGAGAGAGAGAGACAUUAAAAUCAAGAGAGAGAGAGAGAGAGAGAGAGAGAGAGAGAGAGAGAGAGAGAGAGAGAGAGAGAGAGAGAGAGAGAGAGAGAGAGAGAGAGAGAGAGAGAAGAGACAUUAAAAUCAAGAGAGAGAGAGAGAGAGAGAGAGAGAGAGAGAGAGAGAGAGAGAGAGAGAGAGAGAGAGAGAGAGAGAGAGAGAGAGAGAGAGAGAGAGACAUUAAAAUCAAGAGAGAGAGAGAGAGAGAGAGAGAGAGAGAGAGAGAGAGAGAGAGAGAGAGAGAGAGAGAGAGAGAGAGAGACAUUAAAAUCGAGAGAGAGAGAGAGAGAGAGAGAGAGAGAGAGAGAGAGAGAGAGAGAGAGAGAGAGAGAGAGAGAGAGACAUUAAAAUCGAGAGAGAGAGAGAGAGAGAGAGAGAGAGAGAGAGAGAGAGAGUGUUCCCUUAUUACUGCUUCACAGCCUCGCCUCCCCCACGCCCUCAAGUACUCACCACACCACCCGCAGCCCUCCUGA